AAACGAAAAACGGGGCGACAAAAACAGCAGAAAUUAGCGCUUAUGCUGUCUAAGAGCUCGCUUAUCAAUAAAACCAACUCGCCCAAGGGGGCCACCGAGUGCUAAGGCCAAGGCCGAAAAAUAGAACAGAAGAGAAAGACAGCCAGUCAGGCACAGGCACAAGCACCGGCAGCAACAGGCGACGUUCAAGAAGCAGCAGCAUUAGCGGCAUCGCGGGACAACUCGGAGGAAUCCAUCGAUUCAAAUUAAUUUGAUGAAAUCUUUUUCUGGAGGAGAAGUUCUUUCUGUUAUAUAAUCAUGCGCUUGCUGUGGCAACGGGCGGGCAUGCUGCAGAAGCUGCUGCCACAGACAAAGCAUUACCGCCGCUGGCUGGCCACCACAACAGCUUCAGCACGAGGCAACGGACAAGAAGAAAAGGACAAUGCACGCUACAAAUGGAGUACGCCUGAGAGCAAAGCAGAGAUGCUCCUGUACGGAGUCUGCUGGACCGGUGGCCUGGGACUGGCCUACUUCUUGCUGACUCAGCGAGGCGAACCAGAGGCUAAGCUCGAUGAUGAGACAUUGGCCCGACUGUGGCAUAUCACGGCCAGAAAGGAUCUGCCCACCUACAAAGCGGAGCAGGUUGAACAGCACAAUGCGCCCGAUAAACGCAUUUGGGUCACCUAUGGCCUGGGCGUCUACGAUGUGACUGAAUUCGCCGAGAACCAUCCCGGAGGGGACAAGAUAAUGAUGGCCGCAGGCAGUGCCAUCGAUCCCUUCUGGGCAAUCUACCAGCAGCACAACACCCUGGAGGUACUGGAGCUACUCGAAUCGUUCCGCAUCGGGAAUCUUGAAGGUGUCACUGUGGCCAGUACGGACGAGGAGCUGGGCUCGCCCUGGGCCCAAGAGCCCAAACGUCAUGCCCUGCUGAAGCCCGCUUCCAAGCGUCCGUUCAAUGCUGAGCCGCCUAUUGGGAUGUUAGCCGAGAAGUUCUACACACCCAACGAGCUGUUUUACGUGAGGAAUCAUCUGCCUGUGCCCGUCCUGGCGCCCGAAGAGUACGAACUGGAGAUCGAUGCUAGUGGGGGAGAGCAGAAGGAGCCGCUUACCCUGACGCUGGCCCAGAUCAAGGCCCUGCCCAAGCACACAGUGACGGCGGCCAUCAUGUGCGGGGGCAAUCGACGCUCCGAGAUGACCAGCAUCAAGGCUGUCAAGGGUCUUUCGUGGGGUGCUGGAGCUGUGGGCAAUGCCAAGUGGUCGGGAGCGCGUCUCUGCGAUCUUUUGCGGGAGCAGGGAGUGCAGCCCAACGAGUCCAUGCACGUGAUAUUCGAGGGUGCCGAUCUGGAUCCCACUUCCCAUCCCUAUGGCGCCUCCAUACCACUCUCAAAGGCCCUGGAUCCACGCGGCGAUGUCAUCUUGGCCUACGAGAUGAACGAUAAUCCGCUGACACGUGAUCAUGGCUAUCCCAUACGCGUCAUUGUGCCCGGCACUGUGGGUGCCCGCAAUGUCAAAUGGCUGACGAGAAUCGUGGUGGCGGACCACGAGUCGGACUCCCACUGGCAGCAGAACGACUACAAGGGCUUCAGUCCCAGCACGGACUGGGACACGGUUGAUUUUGGCAAGGCCGAGGCCAUUCAGGCCAUGCCGGUUACCUCGGCCAUUUGCACACCGCUGCCGGGGGAGCGAGUCAAAGUGAAUCCGGAGGACGGAUAUAUUACCGUGCGUGGCUAUGCCUGGAGCGGUGGUGGGCGCAAAAUUCUGCGCGUGGAUUUGACCGGCGACGCGGGUAAGACAUGGCAUGUGGCCGAACUGGAGCAAGAGGAUGCACCCGAUGGCCGGCACUAUGGCUGGUCCCUGUGGACCGCCCGUCUGCCCAUAACGAAGGACCAACAGGAGCAGCAGCAAGUGGAGAUCUGGGCCAAGGCCGUAGACUCUGCCUACAAUGUGCAGCCGGAAAAGUUCGAGCAUAUCUGGAAUCUGCGCGGCGUCCUGGCCAAUGCCUAUCAUAAGGUGAAAGUGAAGCUCGCAUAGCAGCAGUCAAAGUACGCGUCUGCUCACAAUAAAUAAACGACGUCAUAUCUAGAGAAUAAA